GAACAAAAAAUCUUGUUCCCUUCCCCGCCCUCGGGUCCUCUCACCUUAUCCUCGCGUAAACCUUCGUGUUUCCUUCUACCAUCGCAGCCAAAUCCAGAGAUUGUACCUCGGUUUCUCUUCAAUGUUGUGUUUUUCAUCGAUGAUUUAACUUUGGUUGCUUGUUAGAUAAUCUAAACCAUGGAUCUUUCUGCUUCUUCAUCUUCUUCUUUCCUUCGCGUUUCUCGGACGUGCCGUUCCUCUCUGGUGCCGGAACUCUCGUUUUCUUCUUCCGUAUCUCAGUUUCCGACUGGAAUCCAACUCAAUCCUUCGAGAUUUGCGAAACCCAGAUUCCAGAAUCUUCGUAUUUGUGCCUCUGUCGCGGCGGAACCCCAGGAUCUUCCUCGCGACAGUCCUCAACGCCUGCUCAAGGAGCUCGCGCAGCGUAAACGAGCAACCGGGCCGAAGAAGAAAGUGCCUCCGAAACGAUUCAUCCUGAGGCCGCCGUUGGACGACAAGAAAUUGGCCGAGAGAUUCCUCAACAGCCCGCAAUUGUCGCUUAAAUCGUUCCCUUUGCUCAGCUCUUGUCUCCCGCCCUCGCGGCUCAACAGCGCCGAUAAGACAUGGAUCGACGAGUAUCUUCUCGAAGCUAAACAGGCAUUGGGUUACUCUCUGGAACCUUCGGAAGGGUUGCCCGACGAUAACCCGGCCAAGCACUUUGACACGCUUCUCUACCUCGCGUUCCAGCACCUUUCGUGCGAUAGAUCGCGAGCGAGGCACGUGAAGAACGGACACUCUAGGCUCUGGUUUCUUGGGCAAUACGUAUUGGAGCUUGCCCUAGCGGAGUUUUUCCUGCAGAGGUAUCCGAGGGAAUCACCGGGGCCGAUGAGGGAGAGAGUGUUUGCUUUGAUAGGGAAGAGGUAUCUGCCCAAAUGGAUAAAAGCUGCGAGCUUGCAUAAUUUGAUAUUCCCUUAUGAUGAUAUGGAUAAGCUGAUCAGGAAGGAGCGUGAGCCGCCUGUGAAAUCUGUGUUCUGGGCCUUGUUUGGCGCCAUAUAUCUAUGUUACGGAAUGCCAGAAGUGUAUCGUGUUCUUUUUGAGGUAUUUGGGAUGGACCCAGAUGCCGAGGACUGCCAGCCGAGGUCAAGGAGACAGCUUGAAGAUGUAGACUAUGUUUCGGUUGAGUUUGAAGGCAAAAAGCUGAGUUGGCAGGAUGUUGCUACUUACAAGCCUCCGGAGGAUGCUCUAUUCACUCAACCGAGGUUAUUCAGGGCAUGUGUUCCACCGGGCAUGCAUCGUUUCAGGGGUAACAUUUGGGAUUUCGACAGCAAACCACAGGUUAUGCAGACACUUGGAUACCCGCUGGCUAUGAAUGACAAAAUCCGAGAGAUAACCGAAGCCAGGAACAUUGAACUUGGACUCGGCUUACAGCUCUGUUUCUUACACCCAUCGAAGCACAAGUUCGAGCAUCCGAGGUUUUGUUAUGAGCGGUUGGAAUAUGUCGGCCAGAAGAUACAGGAUCUGGUAAUGGCGGAAAGGCUAUUGAUGAAGCACCUGGAUGCGCCGGGGAAAUGGCUGCAAGAGAAACACAGGCGAUUGUUGAUGAACAAGUACUGCGGAAGGUAUCUAAGGGACAAACGCCUUCACAACUUCAUAAUAUACUCGGAGGAGGUUCAAGAUCGGUAUGAGCAUAACCGGCGGCUGAGAAAUCCGGCCACCACCGCCGUCCAACAAGCCCUUCACGGCCUCUCCUACUCCGUUUAUGGCAAACCCGACGUCCGGCGUCUCAUGUUCGAGGUUUUCGAUUUCGAACAGAUUCAACCUAAACCCAUGUGAUCUCUCUCUGUUUUUUAAAAAAAAAUUAUUUAUGUAUUAUUGCUGUUGGUUCUUAGGCGAAUAUCAACGUAAGAUCUUUAUUAUGAAGUUUGAGCUCAAUUUAUACGUA